AUGCAUGCUUCCACAGAGAACAGUCCAAUCAGCACCUCAUUUCUUCAUCGGAAAGGAAAUAAUAGAUCGGAGCGUGAUGAGGUGGGGUUCAGCUUCAUGGAUCCUGUGUUAGUGUUUAAGAGUGACAGGAGGAAAGCUAGAGAUGAAGUUGGCACCAGGAUGAAAUGGUCUCUUUAUAGGUUAAGAAUAUUGAAUUUUAUCUUCAAAGCUUUAGAGGAAGUGCAAGAGGAGACAGAACUGUUUCUGAGCACAAGAAGCCAUGAAGCUCACAGUUCAGCAUGUCAGUUUCCACCAUCAACUGAUGUAACUAGUGAUGUUGGUACCAAUUUAACCAGUGUCUGCACAAAUACAGGGACCCUUGGAUGCUCAGAAUUUCCUAACAGAGAAUUACAGCAUUAUCAGGAGACUUGCAAUGUCUUCAGUGACUGGUCUUUGUGGAAAAUCUUCCUGGCUUGUCUCUUAGCCUGUGUGAUAACAACAACAAUUGGAGUACUCAUAGUGUGUCUGGUAUAUAAUGGGAAAAAUAAUAAUGCAUCUGUUGUUACACAACUUCCCACUACAACGUCUACUACUGUGGGUUCUACAGAACCCACAACCACAACACUAGCCACCACUUCCACAGAACCACCUACCACAGCGGCCAGUACUACCACUGAAUCUACAACCAGAACGGUAACAACUGAGGCCUCUACUGGAUCCACAUCCACAACAGGAACUACUCAUUCCACAGAACCACCUACCACCACUGCCAGCACUAUUACUGAUGCUCCAACCACAAUGGGCAGUAGAUAGGUCCUACAGAAUCCCCAACCACAACAGCAGCGACCACUUUCACAGAAGCACCUACAACACCUACCAGUACUACCACUGAGCCUGUAGCCACAACAUCCACCACUGUAGCUUCUACAGGAGCCACAGCUGCAGCUGCCACUUCAUCUGAACUGCCUAGCCCAACUGUGGGCUCAUGUUUAUGUGAACCUACCACUGUAAACUCUAAGCAUUGUCCUUUCCACUGUCAGCAUCACUACAACUGCAGUUAUCUUUUGUCUUACACCUAACCAGGAAUACCAUGUGCAUGUUUACUGAAUCUAUAACUAUAGUUACUUAACAGACUCUCAUUAUGAGAUUACAAUACCAGGUCAACUCUUUCUCAUCCACAAUGGCAACCCCUCUCUCCAGCUGACACUACAACUAUAAAUCAUUCAACAAAUUCAACUCAAAUUUGAAAAAUUCUUAUUUCAAAUGAACCUACAAUAGUAUCAGUUGAACUGAGUCUCCAGAGACUGCUAUUCUUCCGUCGAAUAUACAUCACCCUCAAUAGGUACAUACACCUUAGUGACUGAAUUUAGUCUAUUUUCUUAUGCAAGUUAAGCAUCUUCAACCUCCACUGCCACCAUCUCAGGUAAAAAUAAAAUCAACACGGAUGCUACCAACUCAACUGGCUUCCCAAUCAAACACCAUAAUGACUUCAGCUGUAUUUAUAAUAUUCAUAAUCAUUACCAAUUAAUAGAAAAUUAACAUCACCUUCUAAGUAAUCUAUUAUCACAACGCAGGUAGCAAUUCUACUGCCCCUUCAAAUGACUCCAUAGCCACAACAGCAUUACACCAACAAAGCAUUGUUAGUACCUUAUUUUACAGUAGAGACUGAUCCUGCAGUCAUAGUACCAUUUCUAUGCAUCAUCAUUCCUACAGCACCAUCAUUUCUACUGUACUUACUACUGCAACACACAACACUUUACUAAACUCUUCAACCUCAUCACUGAAUCUAUAAGCUCUGUAACUUCUACUGACAUGCCAUUCAGUGCCAUCCAUUCCUUAUUCAUCUGCACCAAAUGCUACCUCUAUUAAAUGUAAAUCCAAUAUGUCACAUCAUUGCUCACACUUGACAGAAAUGGCAAAUUCAUAAUGACCUCUGCCAUUGCAACUAUAGUUAGGAUGCUUGCAAAUUAAAUUUUAAUAUCCACUAUCAUUCCUCCCAUAGCUGAAUCUAUAUCUACCUUGGUACUAUAGAUGAUUUCAUGACUAAAAACUGCUAACAUUUACUGCAACAACUAUCAAGAAUUACUUAAUGACCAGUGCCGCUAUUAUAAUGAUAACGAAUUUUACCCCCAAAACAACAUUUAGAUUUAACAAUUCAGUAUGGAGAAUCUCAAUAUUUGUGAGAUUUUAAAUAAUGCAGUUUCCAUACAAAGUAAAUCCAAU